AUGUGCUCAGAACUCUGUCGUUUCAAGAAGACUUGGUCUCGCAGUCGUUCCGUUGCAUCUCUGAAGCAAACGACGAUAUGGCAGCUGUAUUGUGGCUCAAGUUGCAGAUUUGAAAACAUGCUCAACAAUCUGUGUGCACGCUCCAGAGGAGGCCACAGACGGAUGCGAGCACGAGUGAUUUGGAAGGAGGGCAGUGGUUGGAUCGUGCAAGGCACCGAUGGAUUGACCAGGACAUCACUGCUGCCUAGAGACAAGACAACACAGGCUGUGUGCCAAGGUGUCCCAAGGAAUUCAGCCCGGAUAUUUCUUCGUGAGCUUCAUACACAACGGUAUCUGUCAGUGGCACAGAACAAUCGCAGCGUACAGGUGGUCAUGACUCAGCAGCCAGGUUCAUUGUUUGUGGCUCACGUGCGUACUGGACGCGAGGAGCGGAACCGCAUUGGAUUCCAGCAUGAAGGGCUGCCAGCGUGUGGCUCGUUCUUGCGGGCCCACUGGCACCUUCAGGAGGUCUUUGGCUUCACAGGCACCGAGAGUCGUCAAAUGCAAUGCGAUGGCCACUACUUUGACUCCACAGACGAGUUCAAAUGGCAUCCGGAUGCCACUCUCCAGCAUGCGUCCACUGGACUUUGGCUCUAUGUGGAUCCAUCCAAGCCAGAGAUCCCAGUGCUGCACGAGAUCCACAAGAGUCGUUGGGAGGCUUUGCCCACUACUACUUGA